GCGUGGACGCGCGGUGUACUCAGCCCACGACUACCCCGCUGCAUCAUAUCUGUCUGCUUGUUGUCAUGGAGGAGCCAAGAUGGCGGUCCUCGCCUAUAGCCUUGGCAAACGGGAAAUAAAUCAGUAUUUUUGCAUUAAAAAUGCCAAAUUAUUAUCUCUCGCUGCCGUCAUUCUACUGACUGUGUUUCACACAGUUUCUCGGUAUUAUGGAGGUGGAGACACAUGUGAGUGGCUGCUGUCCAGUGGUCGGUUCUUAGGAGAGAACGUGUGGCAGCCCUAUGGCUGUAUGAUGCACAAAUAUAAAAGCAUUGAAGCAAAGACUUGCCUUAAUGAGAAAAGGGUGGCCUUCAUUGGCGAUUCCAGAAUACGGCAGCUAUUCUAUUCAUACAUACAAAUAAUCGAUCCUACACAAAGAGAGAAUGGAAGAAAGCACGAGAACAUUCCCUUUGAAGAUAGGAGCUCUUCAGUCAAUGUGGACUUCCUGUGGUAUGCAGAAGUGAAUAACUCUCUGAAGGAGCGCUUGAUGUCAUGGACAGAGGAUCCUUCUGUAAAACCAGAUGUCGUCAUCAUCGGAGCUGCCACUUGGUCCAUCAAGUUGCGUGGUGGCAGCAGCGAGGCGCUGCAGCAGUACAGGGCCAACCUCACAGCCAUCUCCUUACCUCUGGAACAGCUGGCUGAGGAUGGGGAGGUCUACUGGGUUUUACAGGACCCUGUUCAUGAGGAAGUUCUGAGUGACAACAGGAAGAUGAUUACUAACGAGCAGUUGGAGCUGUACAACGAGGCGGCGCUCAGCACUCUGAACAGCAACAAGAACAACGGCAAGGCCAGAGUCAGGUUCCUGGGCGCCUCGCGCCAGGCUGCCAUGGAAACCAUUGCCCAAUCAGAUGAUGGCCUGCACCUGCCCGAGAGCACCCGGAAUGUGGGUGCCAUGAUCCUGAUGAACGCUGUGUGUAACAAGGUCCUGCAGCCCAUCGACGGCUCCUGCUGCCAGUCCCUGCCGGCCCCCAACUUCCUCCAGAAACUGACAGCCUGUGUCUUCCUGGGCUCAGCCCUGGUCUUCCUGGUGCUCCAUGCUCUGGGCCACAACAGGCACUGGAAGUCCCGGCCCACACCCCCCGAUGUGGAGAGCGGCGAGGAGAAGAAGCCGGCUACAGUGGCGCCGCCUCUCAGCCACAAGGCUCCGUUCCAGGCCGUGUGUAAGAUGGGCCUCAUCAUGGCUUACUUCUACCUGUGUGACCGGGCCGACGUCUUCAUGAAGGAGCAGAAGUUCUAUACCCACUCCACCUUCUUCAUCCCCCUCAUCUAUAUGUUUGUCCUGGGGAUCUUCUACAGCGAGAACAGCAAGGAGACCAAGCUGCUGAACAGAGAGCAGACCGAUGAGUGGAAGGGCUGGAUGCAGCUGGUCAUCCUAAUCUACCACAUAUCUGGAGCCAGCGCUUUCAUCCCUGUGUACAUGCAUGUCCGGGUCCUGGUGGCAGCCUACCUUUUCCAGACAGGAUACGGACACUUCUCCUUCUUCUGGCUCAAAGGGGACUUCGGACUCUACAGAGUGUGCCAGGUCCUAUUCCGUCUCAACUUCCUGGUCAUAGUUCUGUGUCUGGUGAUGGACCGGCCGUACCAGUUCUACUACUUUGUGCCUCUGGUCACCUUCUGGUUCGUCAUAAUCUAUGCCACCAUGGCCAUGUGGCCCCAGAUACUGCAGAAGAAAGCCAACGGUAGUGGGAUGUGGCACAUUGGGAUUCUAGUUAAGCUGCUUGGGUUACUCCUGUUCAUCUGCUUCUUUGCGCAUUCACAGGGGUUGUUUGAGAGCAUUUUCUCAGUCUGGCCCGUCUCCAAGCUCUUUGAGCUGAACGGAAGCAUUCACGAGUGGUGGUUUAGGUGGAAGCUGGAUCGAUUUGCCAUUAUCCACGGGAUGCUGUUUGCCUUUGUCUACCUGGUGUUGCAGAAGUGCCAGGUCCUCUCUGAGGGGAAAGGAGAGCCUCUCUUCUCCACAAGGAUCUCCAACAUCCUACUCCUCAUCUCUGUGGUCUCAUUCAUGACCUAUUCCAUAUGGGCCAGCAGCUGUAAAAACAAGACCGAGUGCAACGAGAUGCAUCCCUACGUCUCAGGGCUCCAGAUCCUAGCCUUCAUCCUAAUCAGAAACAUUCCCGGAUACGCCCGCUCUUUAUACAGCUCAUUCUUCGCAUGGUUCGGGAAGAUCUCCCUAGAGCUGUUCAUCUGCCAGUACCACAUCUGGCUGGCGGCGGACACCAAGGGCAUCCUGGUGCUGAUCCCAGGCAACCCCUCGCUCAACAUCAUCCUCAGCACCUUCAUCUUUGUGUGCGUGGCCCAUGAGAUCUCCCUGAUCACCAACGACCUGGCCCAGGUGGCCAUUCCCAAGGACGGGGGUGCCCUGCUCAAGAGGCUGCUGGCCGCCGGGGUCUUCACCCUGGGUCUACUUCUGACGUCCAGGAGCGCUGAAGGGAACCAGGGAGAAGGCCACUGAGGUGGGGAGGGGGGGUACCACAGUGGGGGAGAGGUAGACUGAUUUCUAGACUAAUGAGUCUGACUGACUGGUUAGUCUUCCAUGCCCCCAGGGUCGAAUUCAUUUGGCACAAAACGGAAGAAAAUGUACUGAUGGAUGAAGGGACGUCCUGUUGUGUUCCUUUUUAAACCUUUUGCUACGGUUUGCAUCAAUGAAUACAACGGAGUUGAACAGACACAGACCAAGUUAAGGAUAUGGCACUGCUGUCUGUCUCUCUUGACUGCUCUGCUCUGAGUACUGGGGUGAAAGUCGUACACUGAAGAGGACGAGGUCCCAACUUGGGCCCACACACCUCACUGAACAGCACAUGAGUAAGGUUCUGACUCCAUACUAUAGACGUUUACAAAAGAAGGGUGAGGCGGGGAUGGAGGGUCGGGGGUAAUGGUGGGUUCGAUGAUGUGUGGAUUUUAAACUAAUGGUGUCCCAAAUGGCUCGCUAUGCAGUGCACUAGUUUUGACUGGGCUCUGGUCUAAAGCAGUGCACUAUAUAGAGUAGGGUACCAUUUGGGACACACAGGUAGAAACAAAUAAUGUUUGCCUUGUGCUUAAAGGUGAGGUCAGCAGUCACCUAGCUCUGAAAUCUAUGUUUUAUGCACAGUAUUUAAUUAUUUAAAUUAAGCUUAUAUUUUAUACAGUUAUUUUUUUUGUUGUUGCUUGUUUUGUUUUUCCAUUUGAUGUUGUGUGUAUGUGUGUGUGUGUCCAUGACUACUGUUUGUUUGUGAAUGAAGUAUUGCGUAGGUGUUUUUAGUUUAUUUUCUCACCACCUCAAAGACCACGGUCAGGCCAGGCAGAAGAUGCACUAAUGAAUUUUCAUUGCAGAAUCCUGUUGCAUUCUGGGUCUGACACGAGCGUAUAAUAAUAAUAAUAAUAAUAAUAAUAAUAAUAAUAAUAUGCCAUUUAGCAGACGCUUUUAUCCAAAGCGACUUACAGUCAUAUCCUAUCGAGGGUAAACAACCACUCUUGUGUCUGUGUAUGUGUGCAUGUGUGUGUGCACGUUUGUGCAGGUUCAGUUGUUUCACCAAUUUAUACUGGUAUGUCAAAGGAGAAGUGUAGGAUGUUCUGUGUUGUUCGUUAGUCAUCUUAAACCAGGCUUUUCAGAGCUACAAUAGAACAUGCACUGCUUUGUACAUAUAUCUACCAUACCAUGGUAGGACAUCUGUCAAAGCAUACUUUCAUGUGCAACAUUAGCUACCACUAUAGCGAAGCCACUGCUAAUGGAUGAGUGGAUCGAUGGAUGGAUGGAUGGAUGAAUUCUGCACCUGACUGAAUGCCUUCUACUCACUACAGUUUUCUCUUCAGUUGCCACACGGCAUCAGUGCCAAGUUUGCAUUGAAAUCUGACACGUCGUGAUCAAGGAUGAAAUUUAAGGAUUUUGGGCGGUGGCCAGCCGGGCUAGUAGACAGGAAUUUCUACCAGCCCGGUUGGUAUUCUGUGCAGUGUUAUAUUGUAAAAGACAAAAUUUAACUCGCCGCCGGGCUAGUUAAGCACAUUUUCUACUAGCCCAGACUGAAAAGUACUAGCAUCGGGGCUAGCUUAAUUUCCAUCCCUGGUCGUGAUACUUCAUGAUGUAUUUUAAAAAAGGGGAGUGAAUGGAAAGUAUUGCUAAAGAAUAAAAAGCAGUACUUCAUGUUGAGCCUGUCAUUUACCUACAGAUGGACAAUAUACACCAACAGUUAAGCCUUCUUUCAGCCAACUUGGCAAACCCAUGAGUUCUUUGCGUGUAUUUUCCAAUUCUGCAAUGUAAGGUUUUUACAAAGGAAGGUUUGUUUUCUUUAAAAUGGCAUAGUAAACAGAGAUUUUAGUAUAUCUGCUACUUCAUCCAUUUUGUACCUCACCUUGAAGGUAGCCUAAAUACAACGGCCAAAAUCGUACGGAUUUAAAGAAACACUAAAUCGCUUCAUAUCCAGUUGUUGAAUCGUUUUGAUACAACUUUGAUCCAUUGGUUAUAGUGCCCAUUAUUCAACACCCUUCACAAUGUGUAAAUCAACUGCUUAAAGCUGGAUGUUAAGGCAACUUUGCAAAUAUUGUAAGUGUACAUUAAGAAGACUGCUAAUUAGUUAAUUAUUUUAGUUUAAUCGCAUAUGAAUUUUAUCUGUAUUUUCUGUGCCGUGGAAAGGUAACGGACUGGGGUGUACACUGUUGAAUCAUGUAGCUUCUCAAUCAAGUGAAAUCAAUACCAUAGAUUGGUCUGACAGGUGUUGUCACUGAGGGCUGUUCAGAAGACUGUAUUGUGCACCCUAUUCUCUAUGUAGUGCACAACUUUUGAACCGGGCCCAUAGGGCUCUGAUCAAAAGUAGUGCACUUUGUAGGGAAUAGGGUGCCAUUUGGGACACUGACUGUUUAUCUAUUUGCUUGAAAGUCAAAACAUUACACAUUUUGAUUAUUUAAUUGAUUGAUCAAGGUUGACAAAAAGGGUCCGACUGUAAAUGGACGGCAAUUAUUCUGAAUUUUGUUCUGUCAACCUGUUUCCAUUUCAGAAAAAUAGAUACAGGCAAACAAUUGUCUAUCUUGAUUUAAAGUAUGUUAUUCACAAUUUGAGAUUUUUCUGUUUUAAAUUAGUUUUGGUCAAAUUAAAAGAAGCAACAAGUAUGUAUACCCAGAGAAGUAUAGAUAAGUUUUAUGUAAAUAAUUUUGUGAUAUCUUAAAAAUGUGAAAUGUACCCAUUUAUUUAUAAAUGCCUUUAUUCUGUUGGACAUUGUCAAUAAUACAAACCUUCAUAAAAAAUCU